UUCGCUUCACGGAUAUGUAGCUGCAAUGCUAACCAGUUUUCCAAAGACAAAAGCACUAUUUAGAAAAAUAUAAGGAUUAAACUCUGAAAACGAAACGCAUUUUGGAACAAAUUUGCUCUCAAACUAUUUUAAUUUGCAAGUUUAUCCCCAAGCCCUAUGGGGUUUUGAUCUGUAAAUACUUACUAUUAUCAUCUGGAGCGAGUGGAUUGACUCGUCACUACAAGGGACUCUUUUCCUCAAACAACAAGGGCAACACAACUCCACUUCAACCUCACACACACACACACACACACACAGUCUCUGUCUCGUGUCUCGCGUUUAUCAUCUGUCAGAUAGUGUUGAGGUCAUGUGGAGAAAGGCUGUGCUGGUGGCAGUGUUGGCGUUUGGGAUGGGAUACCUGUACCACACCGACCCAGAACUACCAGCUCGUGUCCUGAACUAUGUCAGCAAAUCCCUGCUGCAGGUGCAGCCGAGUGGUGGGUCCGAGCCCCGCCCCCAGAUCCUGGAGGAGUCCAUUGCCCGCGCCUGGCAGACCCUGAUCAUCGCUCCUGCCCGUCGCUGGGGCAGAGUCGCUGUUGGGGUGAAUGCCUGUGUAGAUGUGGUGGUUUCUGGGGUGGGGUUGCUCCAGGCUUUAGCCUUGGAACCAGGAUCAGGCAGGGACCAUGAGGUGCUACACAGCAAAGAAGACCUGAAAGAAGCCUUCGUCCACUACAUGGGAAAGGGUGCAGCCGCAGAACGCUUCUUCUCCGAUAAACAGGUUUUUCAAAGGAUCGCACGGGCGGCUGCGGAAUAUCCCGGUGCUCAGCUCUAUGUAGGCGGAAACGCUGCUCUGAUUGGCCAGAAAUUGGUGUCCCACCCCCAGCUAGUGGUCCUGUUGUGUGGUCCAGUGGGGCCGAAGCUUCAUGAAUUGCUGGAUGAACAGAUCGUGGUCCCGCCUGAAUCUUUGCAGGAGACGGAUGAGUACCAUCUUAUCCUGGAGUAUAAAUCAGGUGAACAGUGGGGUUCCUCGCGAGCGCCUCAGGCUAACCGUUUCAUUUUGUCCCACGACGUGUCCAACGGUGAAAUGAGUGCUCUGGAGAUGUUCGUAGCCAGUCUGGAGGAGUUUCGGCCCGACCUAGUGGUUCUUUCUGGGCUGCAUAUGAUGGAAGGAAUGGGUCGGGACCUCUGGGAGAACCGACUGAAAGAGGCAGUGGUGGCCAUCUCAGAUGUGAGGAACGACAUGCCCAUCCACCUGGAGCUGGCCAGUAUGACGGACAAAGACUAUAUGAACAGAAUCCUGCAGGAGCAGGUCGUGCCCAUCGUGAACUCCAUCGGUCUGAACGAACAGGAGCUGCUGUUUUUGGCACAGUCGGGAGGAGGUCCUCACGCCGACCUCACUUCCUGGAAUGGCAUACCCAACGUAGGCCGCGUCAGCGACAUCCUCAUGUGGAUUCUGGAGCAGCACGGUCGGGCAGACCCAGAAUCCGAAGCUGAUCUAACCAGGAUCCAUUUCCACACACUGGCGUACCACAUCCUGGCUACAGUGGACGGCCACUGGGGAAAUCAGGUAGCAGCGGUGGCCGCGGGUGCCCGUGUUGCUAGCAGUCAAGCGUGUGGUCUGCAAACGGUGGAUAUUACUAAGGUUGUCCUCAAAGCUCCUUUAAACUUCUACAGUUCUUUCUCAGAACCAAGAGAGAGCCUAACGGUGGACCCGACGAGACCAGUCACCGCGUGGCGAAGAGGGAACGUUUUGUUCCAUCUAACGCCGGUCUUGGUGUGCAAACAGCCACUUAGGACGGUGGGACUAGGGGACGCCAUAUCAGCAGAGGGACUUCUGUAUUCUGAGAUCGUGCCGCAGGCUUAUUGGGAAAUUUAGGAUGUCUUUGAGGUCAAACUACAAUCUUUUUGAAAACUCUUACUUGCCAUUAGAUCCUCUUCCUUGGCUAGAGACUUCCAAAGCAGUUCUAGGAAUCAAAAUAACAGGAAGAGAACAUAUUUUCAAGGUGUUCUAGGAAAAAGACUCAAGUUCAUUCAAGUUCUGGCAUGCAGUUCAAGUGCUUUGUCCUCGUCCCAGAGACUUUGUUGUUCCUACUUUCAUCUGAUUGUGAAAGAUUGCACUGGAUGCAAUAAUGUAAGCCAGCCUCUAAUCCUUUUUUGUUUUGUUUUUAAAAAAAAAAAGGAUAGUACAGCCAUAAAGGAAACUUUUGACAUCAUUUACUCACGCUCUUGUCAUUUUAAGGUCAUAUGACUUUGUAUGUCCAAAAGUGCUCUUAUUUAGAAAUGGAGACGGAUGGUGUUAAGCUCCAAAAAUGACAACAAAGAGCCAUGAAAGUAUCAUAAAAGACGUCCAUAUGACUUGGACACUAUAUUCCAAGUCUUCGUAAGCCAUACGAUGGUUUGUGUGUGGAACCGACCAAAAUGUAAGUCGUUAUUAGUUGAAUAUCUGUUUGAAAAGCUCUCAAAUCUUGUUCAAUGCUAAUAUGGCGCAUCAAGGCGGACGGUUUGUCGUCAACCUGGAGCAUCACAUUCUGGCCAUAUUUGAAUUUGGAGUGACAUGAGGGCGAGUAAAUGAUAGAAUUUUCAUUUUUGGUGAAACUAUUCCUUUAACUUUUUUUAGUCACACCUUUUAAAUACACAAACACUCCUUUUAUUUGACGGUUAGAACUUGGUGUAUGAAAGUUAAUAACUAGACAGGUCAAACUUUGGUGUUGGCUAGACAAAGCCUUUCUGACAGCUAGAUACAUAGAUAAUCAAGUAGACCUUCAGAUAAAACCUUCAAAAAGAUUAUAUUGCACACUUAAGCCGUGAUAUGGCAGACCUUGUUUGUGUUUGUUUACAUGAUAAUUUUUUGACGGGUGGAGUUUGAAUUAACGAGCUUCCCGCUGGUCCGUUUGAACAUUCUGUCAAUAUUAGUCUAUGGGAUUUUUCAGAUUUUUUUAAUGUCCGCUGAGCGAAAACUGUACGGUUGGAAAGUCUGUGCCAUGUUUGGUGAAUGUAGCUUGAAAGCUCAAGGAGUCGUCACAAUUGAUAAUUUUGAUCUUGGUUUAGGGAUUUGGGGAAAACUUUGUCAAGCCAACGUAAUUAUCAGAAACCAAAUGUGUCGCUUUAUUUUGGCUGUGAUUUUUACCUUAAAAGUAGGCUUUAUUUUCUUUAAAGGGAUAGUUCAUCGAAAAAUUUAAAUGAUGGUAUUCUCCCAUACAAUAAAAGUGAAUGGUGACUGAUGCUAACAUUGUGCCUAGCGUCACCUUUUGUGUUCCUUUUGUUUACCUUUUGUGUUGUAAAUCAUACCAGUUUGGAACAACAUGAGAGUGAGUUAAUAAUGAGAGAAUUUUCAUUUUCAUUUUCAUUUUUGGGCAAACUAUCCCUUUAAGCAAAAUACAUAUUUGUUUUGUAUGAUUAUCUCUUUUGAUUUGGGGGUGAAAUCUAACCCAGACAUUUCUUGAUACUAGUAGGUGCUUACUUGAUGGUAUUGUGGCCAUUAUUCAGUGCACAUAAUCUUAUUUAAAUAUUAAAUACCACAAAUUACUCUUGUCUUAAAUGCAUCUUAAUACAUGUUCUUAAGGGAGCGGGUGGGGAAAAUAGCUGUAGGUUUUUGCCAGCAUCACCAUUUGUUCACUCUUAAUUUUGAUCAACAGAAUAUCUGUUUGUUUACGUUGGACUUCUGGUGAAUCAUGUACUGUAGGUAGCAUUAACAAUGACUGUUGAGAUUUUAUAAUACUUCCUGUUUUUAAGAGUCAUAAAUACAGAUCGUAAGUUGUUUGUAGAUGGUUGUGGGCCCUGUUGCUUUGAAAUUGUCCUCAAUUACUCAUACGAGUAGAUUUUAACAUGAAUGGGCCCUGUUUCCUUUCUCAAUACAUGCUCCUGGUCUUAUUGUGCACGAUUCAUUCGUUUACAUUAUUCCAAAGGAAAAAACAACAAUUUAAUCGUUAUCUUUCAUCAAAAUGUAAUAACUUCAUUUACGUCACCAAGCCUCAGUCUUAACACUCCAUGUUGAUUGCAACACUGUUCGUUUCUCAGCCUCCAACUGGCAAUAUUGUAAAUGGAAUCAAUUUUUAUUAUGAUGUCAUAAUGUGUAUUGUACUAAUGGAUAAACAAAACACUGUUUGAAUCAGUUGUUCAAACAUGGGAAAAGGUUAAUGUUGUUUUGAGAAACUAGUACGUUUGUACAUCCAUGCAAGUUAUAGACCAAAAAGCAAAGUCUUUUAACAGUUACUGGGCAAAACUAAGUCCUUUAAUCAUAACGUUACGACUAGAAAUAUUUAGCUCUGUUAACUUGAGUAUGGAAUAUUUUUAUAUAAAUAAAUCUGUUCAUCCAAUUAUGAAAUGGCUUUGCGUUUCCUUUGUAUUAGCAUGCCGU